AUGGAUUCCGAUAUGGCGGCCGCGUUGAGAAGGAGCGUAGAAAAUCACUUUUCUCCUCGAUCGAAUGGCGGCUCGGAUCCAGUUCCACUCAAGCUUCCGUUUAUAAUUGGCGUUGCCGGUGGAACUGCGUCGGGCAAGACUACUGUUUGCAAUAUGAUUAUCUCGCAGCUGCAUGAUCAACGGGUUGUUCUUGUCAAUCAGGAUGCAUUUUAUCGUUCACUGACUAAUGAGCAGUUACCAAAGGUCAGUGAGUACAACUUUGACCAUCCAGGCAAGCACAUUCUUGGAUUCUCAAAUCUCACAUAUGCCUUUGAUACGGACCUUUUGCUUUCGUGCAUGGAAAAACUAAGACGUGGAAGAAAAGUUAGCAUACCCAACUAUGAUUUCAAGACUCACCAAAGUGUAGAACCAGCCCGUAUGGUAAAUCCUUCUGACGUCAUAAUUCUUGAAGGCAUCCUUGUUCUUCACGACUCUCGUGUACGUGACCUUAUGAACAUGAAGAUCUUUGUUGAUACAGACUCCGAUGUACGUCUUGCAAGGAGAAUACAGCGUGACACUGUCGAGAGAGGGAGAAAUGUCGAGAAUGUCCUCGACCAGUAUGCUAAGUUUGUGAAGCCAAGUUUUGAGGAAUUCAUACUUCCAUCAAAGAAACAUGCUGAUGUCAUAAUCCCUCGAGGGGCGGAUAACGAUGUGGCACUUGACUUGAUAGGCUUGACUCUCACUCUCAAUGCAUUCCAGGUUGUGGAACAUGGUUUGGGUCACCUUCCAUUCACUGAAAAACAGAUUAUUACUCCGACAGGAUCAGUAUACUGUGGAGUCGUUUUCUGCAAAAGACUGUGUGGCGUGUCGAUCAUUAGAAGUGGAGAAAGCAUGGAAAAUGCAUUGAGAGCAUGUUGCAAAGGUAUCAAAAUAGGCAAAAUCUUAAUCCACGGUGAAGGCAAUAAUGGUCGUCAGUUGAUCUACGAAAAGCUGCCAUCAGAUAUCGCAAGUCGCCACGUGUUGCUGCUUGACCCUGUUCUCGCCUCAGGGAACUCGGCCAUUAAAGCAAUUUCUGUGCUGCUCAACAAGGGUGUCCCUGAAUCCAACAUAAUAUUCCUAAACCUCAUUGCAGCUCCUGAAGGAAUACACACUGUUUGCAAGAAAUUCCCGAGGCUCAAGAUUGUAACAUCCGAGAUUGAUAUGGCGCUCAAUGUAGAGAUGAACGUUAUUCCGGGCAUGGGCGAAUUUGGCGAUCGCUAUUUUGGGACGGGCAGUUCUCGGAGAGAAAUAGUGCCGAAAUGA